CAAGCAGCAACCAAAGAAACCAGGACGGUUUUUACCGCGACCGAACAGAAAUGAACAAAGACUUCCUGAGGACCGGAGACGUCAGCCUGACCCUGAGGAACCCCAGAGACGGAGACAAUGGACGCUACGUCUGCACCGUCCACAGAGACCAGGACGUCCUGAGACACACUGUGGUUCUGAAAUAUGUAAAGAAAGAACCAUUUCCAUCCUGGGCCAUAGUUCUGCUGGGUCUGCUGGUUCUGCUGGUUCUCAUCGUCUGUGCAGGCGGUUUAUAUAAUUUUGAAGGUUAUUUCCUGAAAGCUCCACUGGUGAAGGUGAAUUCAGGGGUGGAAUCUGUCCUGCUGCCCUGCAGAACCAGAGUCUGCCUGCCUGGAGGCGCUAGAGUGGAGUGGAGGGACGGAGAGAACAGGACGGUCCAUGUGUAUCAGAAAGGUUCUGAUGAUCCUGAAGAACAGAACCUGACCAGCAGCAACAGAACCAGGAUGAAUGACGACCCACUGAAGACUGGAGACCUCAGUCUGACUCUGGAACGUCCCAAACCUGAAGACAGCGGGAUCUACAGCUGCAGAGUCUCCAUCAGGAAACGAGUCAUCCUGAUGAUGAAACGGGUUCAUCUCCAGGUCAAAGGUCAGUGGUUAAAUGUUGCAUUCUUCCAAUCAGGUGAUUGGUGGUGAUCAAUAGUGAUGAUUGACUGA